GUCUUGCAGCGGUGGUGAGGGGAGGAGGCUGGCGAUCACUAUAUAAGAGCGUGCCUGUUCCUCUGUCGUCGCGGUCGUGCUGCUUGUCUCUGUAGUCGUGCAACGCGGAUCUCCAAUUGCCCUUGUCUCAACUCAUACAUCAUGGUUGCUUUCUCCAAGAUCGCCGCUGCGGCGACGUUCGCUACGUUGGCUUCGGCGCAGACUUUCCAGAGACUCGGUGCUUGCCCGGACUUGGGAUGUGUUUUCCCUCCCGAUCAGGCUGAUUUCCUGGCGGGACAAUACUUCGAUAUCCGUGUCGAGGUCCAUGCGCCAGUCAAUGGCUCUGAGGCCAACGGUGGUAUCCCGGAUAAGAGGUUCUCGCUCGCCAUCCAGAAGAAGGGCGGUGCCUCGCAGCCAGUGUCGAAGUUCUUCGACAUCACUGAGCCAGCCAUUGAGGAGUGGAAGUUCAAGUGGUACGAGGACUACUUCGCCGAGGACGCGAAGACGCCUUCCCACGUCAAUGUCGCAGCCAAGGCCUACCGCCGCGUUGCGCUUUACGAGCCAGGCGAGUAUACUGCUACUCUGUCUUACUACAAUGGCUCCAAGACUGUUGCCAACUGGGUUGUCCGCGACCUUGCUGAGGAGAAGAAGGCUAAGAACGUCAUCCUCUUCAUUGGUGACGGUAUGACCACCAGCAUGAUCACGGCUGCACGCCUGAUCGGACACAAGAGCAUCAACGGAAAGUACUUGAGCAAGAUGGCCAUGGACAAGUUCCCCAUUCUCGGUCACCAGAUGACCCACUCCAUCGACAGCUACCUCACCGAUUCCGCCAACUCUGCCUCGGCCCUCUACUCUGGCCACAAGAGCACCGUCAACGCCAUGGGUGUCUACAGUGAUUCGUCCCCAGAUGCAUUUGACGACCCCAAGGUCGAGACCAUCGUUGAGCUUCUCACCCGUAUUUGGGGCUCGGCCAUUGGUAUUGUCUCCACUGCCUUCCUCGCUGAUGCCACCCCCAUUGCCUUGACCGGCCACACCCGCACCCGUGGUCACUACGGACCUCUCGUUGACCAGAUGCUCAACGGUGUUACCAACUACACCUGGACUCCCUUUGACGGCCCCGAUGUCGUCUUCGGUUCUGGAGCUGAGAACUUCAACCCGGGUGAGGGCUCCUACCAGGGCAAGGACUACGUUGAGGAGUUCCGCAAGAAGGGCUACAAGGUCGCCAUGGACAACACCACCCUCGCCACCCUCCCCAGCAAGGAGCGCGCCCUCGGUCUCUUCAGCACAAGCAAUCUUCCCGUCUGGCUCGACCGCAACGUCUACACCGAGAACAUCAUCAACUCGACCAACCACCCCAGCGGCAACAAGAAGCCCGCCACGGACCUCCCCGGCCUCAAGGACAUGGUCCUCAAGGCCGUCGACAUCCUGCACGAGCGCGGUGGUGACCGCGGUUUCUUCAUGAUGGCCGAGGCUGCCAGCAUCGACAAGCAGAUGCACUCCCUCGACUACGACCGCGCCCUCGGCGACCUCCUCGAGCUCGACGACACCGUCGCCGCCACCAUCGCCCGCCUCACCGAGCUUAACAUCCUCAACAACACCCUCGUCCUCGUGACUGCCGAUCACGGUCACGGCUUCGACGUCUACGGCUCUGCCGACACCAAGUACAUGGCCUCCAUCGACGACAACGACGUGCGCGGCAAGCGCGCCGCCAUCGGCACCUACCAGAACUCCGGCCUGUCCCAAUACCAGGUCGUCGACGCCGCCGUCUCCUACAACACUGGCGUCAACUUCCCCGUCAACUGGGAGCCCCGCUACUGCCUCGCACAGGGCACCGUCGCCUUCCCCGACCGCCGCGAGAACUACGAGGUCCACGCCGAGCCCCGCGUCCCCGCCACCAAGGGCGCCGAUAAGAGCUACUACGUCAACCCGGUCGAUGGCCUCGGCGGCAUGGUCGUGAACGGUACCCUCCGCACCGAUGAUGCCCAGGGUGUCCACUCGCUCACUGAUGUCCCCGUGUACGCUAUGGGACCUUGCCAGGAGAAGUUCCAGGGCACGUACAACAACAUUGACAUCUUCUUUGAGAUGGCCAACUGCUUGGGUCUCGCGAGACACGAUAACAAGACUGGUGAUAAGGGUGCUCUGCUGCCAGGUGCUAACACGACUAUUCUUACCGGAGCGGCCUCGGGUAUGGAGGUGUUAAAUGGAGGGGGUAUUACUGCUGUGCUGGGGGUUAUGGUUGCUGCGUUUGUCGGUGCCGCUGUGUUGGUUUAAGUGUGGAGAUGUUUGUUGGAGUUGGGGUGGGAGAUGAAUUUAGAUGAGAUGUGUAUCAUAGCUGGAAUAAACAGAACAGAUAUAUUG